AUUUCGGUUCAAUAUAAACUUAAAAAAUAAUGAUCAUUUUACGUGAGAUGGGCUUUGAUGGGCUCAAUCAGAAUAAAGUUACCGGGCUUUUACAAACCUGAAAACUAGAGUGUGUGAGAGCCGAGAAAGAAGAAGCAUCCACAUUUUGAAUUUGCUCCGUCGCCGUCUAUAAAGCUUCUUCUCCGAGUCGCCGUCUAGGCUUUAGAUCGCAGUUAUGACCGCACCAGUUCUUGUUCUCAAGGAUUCAUUGAAGCGUGAAUCUGGAACAAAGGUUCACCAUGCUAAUAUUCAGGCUUCCAAGUCUGUGUCUGAUAUCCUACGCACCACAUUGGGUCCUAGCUCUAUGUUAAAGAUGAUUCUUGAUGCUGGUGGAGGGAUUGUUGUUACUAAUGAUGGAAAUGCUAUUUUGCGUGAAAUUGAUGUUGCUCACCCUGCAGCUAAGUCGAUGAUUGAGUUGAGUCGCACACAGGACGAAGAAGUCGGUGAUGGGACUACAUCUGUUAUUGUUCUUGCUGGUGAACUGUUACAUGUUGCUGAAUCAUUUCUUGAGAAGAGUUACCAUUCCACAGUCAUUUGCCAAGGUGCAACAGUACUAGGAUUAGUCAAGAGCUGCAUAGCAACAAAAUUCACUAGCAAAUUUGGAGAUCUUAUUGCUGAUUUGGCUAUUGAUGCCACCACUACUAUUGGUGUUGAUCUUGGACAAGGAUUGAGGGAGGUGGAUAUUAAAAAGUACAUUAAGGUUGAGAAGGUUCCUGGUGGGCAGUUGGAGGACUCCAAGGUUCUCAAAGGAGUCAUGUUUAACAAAGACGUAGUUGCUCCAGGUAAAAUGAAGAGAAAGAUUGUCAACCCGCAGAUUAUUCUUCUUGACUGCCCCCUGGAGUACAAGAAAGGUGAAAACCAAACCAAUGCCGAGUUGGUUAGAGAAGAGGACUGGGAAGUGCUGUUGAAAUUGGAAGAGGAGUACAUCGAGAACAUCUGCCUGCAAAUACUAAAGUUCAAGCCCGAUUUAGUAAUUACAGAGAAGGGGCUUAGUGACUUGGCCUGUCACUAUUUCAGUAAAGCUGGGGUUAGUGCAAUCAGAAGGUUGAGAAAAACGGACAACAACAGAAUUGCAAAGGCUUGUGGAGCUGUGAUUGUCAAUAGGCCUGAUGAACUUCAAGAGUCUGAUAUUGGUACCAAUGUUGGCUUGUUUGAGGUCAAGAAAAUAGGAGAUGAUUUCUUUGCCUUUAUUGUUGAUUGCAAAGAACCCAAAGCAUGUACCGUACUCUUAAGAGGACCAAGUAAAGAUCUCCUCAACGAAGUGGAAAGAAAUCUUCAGGAUGCAAUGUCUGUUUCAAGAAACAUCAUCAAGAACCCAAAGCUUGUUCCUGGCGGUGGAGCCACAGAACUAACUGUUUCUGCCACUUUAAAACAGAAAAGUGCAACAAUUGAAGGAAUCGAAAAGUGGCCUUAUGAAGCAGCUGCUAUAGCUUUUGAGGUCAUUCCACGUACUCUAGCUCAGAACUGUGGAGUUAACGUGAUCAGAACUAUGACAACAUUGCAAGGAAAACAUGCAAAUGGUGAGAAUGCUUGGACUGGAAUCGACGGGGUUACUGGUGCAAUAGCUGACAUGAAAGAGAAAAAGAUAUGGGAUGCGUACAAUGUGAAGUCGCAAACGUUUAAGACAGCGAUUGAAGCUGCGUGUAUGCUUCUCAGGAUUGAUGAUAUAGUGAGUGGUAUCAAGAAGAAGCAAGCUCCUGGAGCUGGACCGACAAAGCCUACCAUUGAGACAGAAGGAGAUGCAGAGAACGAGCAAAUACUUCCCGACUAGAAAUAUUGGUCUCACCAACAUAAUCUUCUCUCUUUUUUUUUUUUUUUUUUUGGUUUGUUGCUAUUUUAGUAUAGUAAUGUUUGUGAAACUUGAAGCUCCCUUCAUAUCUUAAGAUUUUGCAUUUUGACUUGGCGAGUAGAGUAGAUUAGAGAUCUUGAGUGAUAAAUCUUUUGUUUAUCUUUUUUAAGUAGCAUUAUAAGACGCUGGUAGGAACAGAGGGUUGUGGUUCAAAUAGCUUUGGUUUAUAUGAUUCACGGUUAUUUAAGCCUAAACCGGAUUGCUUGUUUGGUUUUGUUCCCCCUGCGUUUGAUACAGCAAAACAGAUAAUUUUUUAACGGAAAACUAAAGUACCAAGAUACAAAGAGCCCUAAUGAUUUUUUCUAACGAAAUUAAAACUUUUUUACUAUUCUGAUGUAAAUUUUACAAUAUUUUAACAUCAGAGUUUGAAACCAUCAAAACUUUCAAAUAUCUUACAUUGAGUUUGGUAGGUAGACAUUGAGCAAAGAGAAAACAGUAAUAAUGAGAACAUGUAAAUAGUAGUAAUCAAGAAUGUGAUUUUCAAAAACUUUAUUUCCAUGGAAUUUCAUUGAUAAUACCUAACCUGAAUCAACAAGUUGGUCUUAUUGAACUAUUCGUUCCCACGAAACAAAAGAAGUACGAAAGAAUCAAAGAAUACC